GUGUUGUUUGUCAUCGAAUCAUCAUUUUGGUGCUGACCAACUCUUUCUGAGACUGUUCUUCUUCGACAUCCAUCAUGGCUUCGACAUCGGACGCAGCACUCAAGGAAGAAAUCGCUCGACUAACAGGCGCAAUUAACCAACACAAAACGACCCAGCAAUCGGUUGGAUCUUUCCCAGGACCCAGGACCUACCCGAGGAGCAACGCAUAUAUCAAUCCAAAGUAUACACCGCCAGCAUCUUAUAGGCCAUCAGAAUACCAGAAACCAGCAACCAAGUACAUCCGCCCCCCCACAAGACCAUCACAUCCACCUCAGGCUUCGUCUACCCGUGACGUUGUUAUCGAUGGCGUGACUUUCGAAUCAUCAACACGAUCUCUCGUGCGCAAAGAUUUACCCAAGCCUCCAUCUGUCCCGCCUAAGGCUCCCCUUCGACCGAUUCCACAACAAGUAGAUUUCUCCAGGACCACUGCAGGGCACCUUAUCCCAACUGGCCGUGCGUACAAGUCCAAGGUUUCAUCCCGGGGUCGUCAGCGUCGGCCAAGAAACCGGAACAUGACACUCGAUAACACUCGAGCUCCUCACCAACGUAGGAACAAGCGCAUGAAAUAUCUUGAAAAACCCUGCCCCCGCUUCACAACUACAGGUGCUUGCAGCCGCGGUCUAACUUGCAUGUACCAGCACGACCCCAACAAGAUUGCCAUCUGUUGGAACUUCUUGCACGGCAACUGCUCUAGCACUGUUGAAACCUGUAGCCUCUCACACGACCCGACACCUGAACGGACGCCUCUCUGCGUGCAUUUUGCCAACAACGGACGAUGCACUCGAGAAAACUGUCCCUUCCCCCACGUUCGUGUGGGUCAGCGACACGGCGUGUGUCGGGAUUUCGCAGUACUUGGUUACUGUGCCAAGGGCCUCGACUGCGACAUGCAACAUGUCAGAGAGUGCCCAGACUUUGCUGAGAAGGGAAUCUGUUCGACAAAGGGAUGCAAGCUUCCUCACGUCAUACGCGCCAACCGCAACCGCAAGCCUCCAGUCCCAACAAGCCCUUUGGCUCCGGAUAUUGCUGCUGCUACUUCUUCCACUGUCACUCCUGGUUCUGAUACUAGCUCUGACAAUGUUUUGAGUUCACAGUAUGUCCCGGUCAAGGACGCCCAGCUCGGGGAUGAGUAUAUUUCUCUUAUGUUCAAUGAAAGCGAAGAAGAAAGCGAUGAUGAUGAUGAUGAUGACGAAGGAGAGGAUGACAGUGGUGAGGAAGAGGGCUUAAGCCCCAACAAUGAAGUAGAUGGCUCAGACGACGGUCCAUUAACAUGAUUUUAGAAUCAUCUUCUGUUGAUGUACAUUAUCAGUUUCGGCACAUGUAUACAAUUUUUUUGAUUUUUCAAUACGAACGUCGUGCGAUCUCCUCAUAG